UUCUCUUCCAUCAGUGAAUUUCCGCGUAUGCUAAUAUGGGUUCUCGUCAGCGUGUAUCUGUAGCAUGCCAGGCGUGUCGAAAAAGACGCGUCAAGUGCGAUGGAGUUAAACCACGUUGUUCAAGAUGCGCCACAUUUCAAGGAAUUUGUGAAUAUCGACAUUCUGAAGAAAAGCGCAAACCGCCAAGUAAGCGUUAUAUUCAAUCCUUGCUCUCUCGCAUUGACCACCUCGAGCGGCAAGUAGCAGAGUAUGCAGUGCAGGACGAUAAGGCUUCAUCCAAAUCGAUAUCAACUCAUGGCUCCACAGUAGCUAGCCAGCAGAUGUGUCACUCGACCAACGCUUCAGGGGGCCUGAAUUCAGUCCGAGAGCUAGCUGACCUCUGUGGUAGAUUAAGCUUGGGAGAGGGGCAGGAACUGCGGUUUUUUGACUCCCGCAGCAUCCUCGCCAUGAUUGAUGACCAAAUAGAUGAGAGGUGCCAUUAUCACCUGCUAAAGUUCCCUGCGGACCGAAACCAGCGACUAGGCAUUGGUGACGUUGAUGUAAGUCAGGCAGUUCAACGGACCCUGUUGAGUGUGUUUUGGACAUGGCAGAAUUCAUGGCAAUACCUUGUCCAUGAAAGUGCAUGGAAUCGGAGCUAUACAGUGCGAGAUAAUGAUUAUUGCACACCAGUUUUGCUAUACGCGAUGCUAGCAGUGGCUGCUCGUUACUCUAAUAAGUCAGAUGGGUAUGGUACUAAUGAACCAAGCCUUGAUGGUACACUCUUCUCUUCAAAGGCAAAGCAGUUGAUUUUUGAGGAGAUUGAAGCGCCCCGACUGCCGACUGUGAUUGCUGCUGCAUUGAUUUCAAUUGCGGAGUUAUCAUUGGAUCUUGAACCGGCAGGAUGGACGUAUAUUGGAAUUGCUGUGAGGAUGGCCUAUACCCUAGGCCUUCACACGGACUCUCACCAGUGGGUCGAAUCUGGACGCAUCACAGCAGAAGAGGCAGAAAUCCGAUCAAUCGCUUGGUGGGGUUGUUACAUGAUUGAAAAGUUUUAUAGCACUGCGCUAGGCCGUCCAAGCGCAUGCAACGAUCGCGAUAUUCAUACCCCGUUGCCUACCGUACUACCUGAGGUUGAAUAUAGAAGCUUUCAGGGGUCAUUUGCAUUAGAUUCUGGACUCAAUGUGCCUAUCAGCUAUUCUAUAACCAAUUUCCGCUACACCUGCGAUAUGCUUCGACUGGUGACUAGUCCCAUGGACGAAAUAUACUCAGCGGACCCCAAACCCAAGCUUGAAGACAGAAUCGCUCCCGCUCUCAAGACAGCUAUUGCAUUAUCUGCCUUCUAUGAUAAAAUUCCAAGUGUAAUCCGUCUGCCCUCUUUCGCCUCAGGUAUCCCCGUGGCUGUGCAUAUCUACUACUUUCAUAUCCAUUAUCAUAGCCUCAAUAUUCUCAUUCACCGCCCCUUUAUCUCUGGGCAAGGCACCCCUGCGAUGCCCGGAAUUAAACCCGAAAUAGCCCACCGGAACUUCUCAGAAUGUACUAGGUCCGCCGAGACUCUGACGUUGAUAUUAAAAGAAAUCGAAAAACAUUACUCUUUAAGAACUGCUACCAUAUCCAUAAUCCAUCCAGCCCUGACAGCCGGCAUAAUUCAUCUCGUCAAUUUGACUCUGCCAUACUCCGCAUUGAAAGAGAAGUCAAAGAUUUACUUUCGCCACGUUAUCCAGGCUCUGAAGCAAAUGAGUAUUGCUUGGGUAUGGGCACUUCGGGCAAUCCGUCUCCUAAGAGUGGUUGCCCACCAUUGGCUACCUGGAGAAUAUGCAGAAUUAAUGGAACAUGCGUUGGCAGACGUCUCCAUGUCAGCAAAUUCAAUGCUACAGGCGUCAUCAAACACCCCGCCACCACUCGAUAUGUCGGAUCAUAAUCAAUCUUGGGACGAGAUUGUACAGCAGACCUUUGAUCUAUCAUGGCCCGAGGGGGAUUUGUUCCAGUCAGGUCUGUCGUUGUUCCAUCUGGACCAAUGGCCCGAGAUCUAGUCCCAAAGUUUAUUAAUGCGACCAUUUCCACCCCUCGCCGUUGUGAAUCGAGUCUCGGUCAAGUAGACAACAUUGAUUCGUAUACGGAAUUUAUUCCGUAGGGAAUCAGCUUGAUUUCCAAUCUAUCUGAUCUUCAUCUUGUCUUAACACAAAUCGGUAUUUUUCAUACACACCAAGGUAGUGGCCAC